AUGAGACUUUCUCUGGCCUUGUUGACUGGGCUUGCCAGUCUUGCCGGCCUUGGACUUGCAAGCCAGGAUCACGGUCCUCACCACGGCCCUCGCAAGCGAUUCUCUGCCUUGGAAGGACGCUCUCGAUACUUGCAGGAAUCCCAACUGGUCAGGCGCGAGGAUUACACCUGUGGUCCGGGACGGCCUUGCAAUAACGGCGCAUGUUGCGGCGAAUCCGGCAACUGUGGCUACGGUCCGACAUAUUGCGGCAACGGAUGCACCAGCAACUGCAAUGCUCACGCCGAGUGUGGACAGUACUCUGAUCCCCCGGACGUAAAGUGUCCGCUGAACACUUGCUGCUCCGAGUUUGGAUUCUGCGGCACGACCAAAGAAUUCUGUACUGGCAAAUGCCAGUCAAACUGUGUCGAGCACCCAAAACCUCCCGCUGGAUCGGGUAGCCCGCUCUCCAAAGUGAUAGGUUACUACGAAGCCUGGAAUGACCGGUCUAAAUGUCACCAAACAUCCGCAAAGGAUCUGCCCGUGGACGCCCUGACACAUUUGAACUAUGCCUUUGCAUAUAUCGACCCCGGCAGCUUUGAGAUUACCACCAUGGACUCGGCCACGCCUGAGCGUAUCUUCCAAGACGUGGCCGACUUGAAAAAAACCAACCCCAGCCUGCAAAUCUACGUCAGUCUCGGCGGGUGGACAUUCUCCGACAACGGCACCGAGACCCAGCCCGUGUUUGGAAACAUUGCCCGCAGCGCCGCCAACCGUCAGACGUUUGCCAUCAAUGUGCUCAAGUUUCUCAACACGUACGGGUACGACGGUGUCGACGUCGACUGGGAGUACCCGGGGGCCCCGGACCGAGGCGGCCACGCGGACGAGGUUGCCACUUUCCCGCUGCUCCUCCAGACGCUGAGGCAGACCUUUGACGCCGCCGGGCAGGAGCUCGGCAUCACCUUCACGGCGCCCUCGUCGUACUGGUACCUGCGGUGGUUCGAUCUUCCCAAGCUGGCCAGGUGGGCCGACUGGAUCAACCUGAUGUCGUACGAUCUGCACGGCGUCUGGGACAGCACCAAUCCUAUCGGGUCCAUAGUCCAGGGCCACACGAACUUGACAGAGAUCCAGCUGGCCGCCGAGCUGUUCUGGAGAGUAGGCAUCCCGCCGUCCAAGCUCGCUCUAGGGUUUGGCUUCUACGGCAGGGCCUUUACGCUGGCAGACAGCUCUUGCACGAGGCCUGGCUGCGCGUUCAGCGGCGGCGCCAAGCCGGGCGUGUGCACGGGGACCAGCGGCUAUCUUGCGUAUUACGAGGUUCGAGACAUCCUGGACAAGAACAAGGGGCUCGAGCCGGUGUACGACAAGGACGCCGCGGUCAAGUACAUGACGUUUGACAGGGACCAGUGGAUCUCGUACGACGACGCAGACACCUUUGCGGACAAGAUGAGCUGGGCGAGGACGGUUGGGUUUUCGGGCUCGCUCAUCUGGGCGUCUGAUUUGGGCAAGUCGGCCCUGACGGGGAAAAAGACGGUCGGGUCUCUGCAAAGCAAGCAGUCCGCGGUCAAGGCGGCCGAGGUGGCAGCCACGUUCGGCGACAAGUGCUACGUGGAGGAAAACGAGCACAGGCAAAUGUGCGAGGCGGGCUACGUGCAGAUGGGCCGAGACGCCGCGGGCAAGUGCUCCGACAGCAAGGACACGCAGUGCGGCUACAUCGUCUGCUGCCCCAAGUCGUCGGGCCUGGGCCACUGCACGUGGCGCGGCAGCGGCGGCGACUGCAACGGCCAGUGCCACGGCGGCGAGGUCAAGCUGGCCGGGUCGAGCUGGGGCGGCUGGCCGGGCGAGUCGAGCGGGGCUAAGCGCUGCAGCCGCGGCGGCAAGGCGUUUUGCUGCAGGGCCGACAGAUUCGACCGGCUGCUGGAGGGGUGCCGCUGGACCGAGUUCCGGGGGACGUGCCGCCCGGACGAGCAGAAGGUCGCGCAUGCCUUUUCCGACGAGGACGGGCGGGGCCAGCAGUACUGCUGCCGGGCCACCGGCAGCGGCCGACCGGCGCCCGUGUCCAACUGCCACUGGGUCGGCCAGGGCGACUGCGCCGACAACACGUGCGCCAGGACGGAAAUCACCGUCGCCACCUCGUCGACGGGCGGCAGCUUCAACAGCUGCAACUGGUGGCGCAAGAAGUCGCUGUGCUGCACGCCCGACGGCGACGCCCUUGUCGACGAGUACAAGUGCGGCGGCGACCCGUGCGGCGAGGACGGCUACUGCGAGGACGACCUGGGGCCCGUGGCGGGCGGGUGGGGCCGGCGCUCCGUCGCCGUCGCCGUCGGCGGCGAGCUCCACGGGCGCCAGGCCGGAGGCGCCAGGCCCGGUCUGCCCCGGACGCAGCGACUGCAGAUGGUGGCCAAGACGCUCGUGUGGAACUCGGCGCCGUACCCGCCCGGAGACCAGCGGCAGUGGCUGCUCCGUCUCGGAGGAGGCCUGGCCGAGAUGGCCCUCAAGGGGGCCUUCAUGAAGGACAGCCUCCGGUGCCAGAGCGUGGUCCUCUCCUUCCACAAAAUCGCCGACCUCGCCUCCAAGGGGCUGCAGGCCGAGCACUUCUUCGAGAUCCAGAUGAUCAAGCAGUUUCUCAAAACCGCCAUCACCGGCGUCCUCCCCAACGUGCCCCUGAGCGCCGUCAGCGUCACGCCGCUGCUGUCGGCGGCCAGGCUCCUGGAAGACAACCUGUACGAUGGCUGGCACAAGCUCUACCCGUCCUCCGCCAACCUGCCGCCCAUUGUCGCCAACGUCCAGGGCUUGACCGGCGUCCCCUCGCAGUGGGCGCCGCCCCCCAACACGCCCGCCGGCCGCAUAAUGAGUGCCGUUGGCGACUGGGGCAACAUGAAGAACCUGCUCCUGGUCCAAGGCCACAUCAACUGGGUCAAGGGCCAGCUGUUCAGCCUCCAGAAUCCCAUCGCGCCGGCCACGCUGCAAAAGAGCAUCAAGAAAGCACUCGGCGGCGCCGUCGCCCAGGCGCAGCACAUUUCCACCACGUUGCAGAGUGUCUUUGCCGUCUUCAGCUACAUGAAUGACGCCUACGCCGAAAUCACCGAGCGCGAAGCCCUGCAGCAGCUCACCGACGAGAUCACCCACAUGGAUCGCCACAUCCCCGAGCUCCAGGGCAUCAGGGACAUUUGGCUCGAGUUCGUGCCCGCCAUGCGGACCGCCGUCGCCAACAAGGCCGUCUCCUUUGUGCGAAUGGUCCACACGACCGUCUCUGCCCAGGUCCCUGCCGCGGUGGCCGCCGGCGUGCCCCAUCUCGAGGAACUGCGCAGCGACGUGGAUUUCUUCCUGAAGAACAUCGACAAGUUGACGUGGCAGGCGGGCAACAACCGCGACUGA